CUAAUAGACAAACACUUAAUUGUAUAUGCAAUAAUUAUUGUUCUCUCAGGUGCAAUUAACUCAUUACCUAUACGAGUAAGUAUAAAUAAAAAAUGCACUCAAUUCCAAAGCAAAUGUCCUUUAAUACAGAUUAACGUAUUAAGCUAAACCUACCCUUGAUUAUUAUCUUAUCUUCUUUUUAACACUAACCACAAGUGAAGCACAAUGAAGAAACUAACACACUGUGAACGAAAUUCCAAAAGUGUGAAUAUAUACGUCAGUACCUGUUGAACCUGAGAAAAUAAAAAGUUUUGGAGCCUCCGGCUUUGUUGAUGGUCUCACGAAGGUCAGAAGUAGAUGCUCUCAAGAUAACGUGAUUAACAUUUUGCGGUUCUAAGUCAUUAUUAAGUAUUUACAAAAAACUAUAAUGACUGGAAAUUCUCAGUCAGUGUCGGGUGUGAAUCAAGGGUUGCAAGAGAUUAUAAACCACCCUAAUGGGUUAUUAUUAAUUGGGUUUUUUUGGCGAAAACCUGAGAUGUUGGGAAAUUCCCCACGUGAAAUUACUGUUAACGGCAUAAAAACAAGAAUGUGUGGAAAAAUUCAAUGCGACGCCAGUGUCUAAUAGUUAUUGAUUCCUUUCAAUCAAACAAUUCUAGAGAUAUUUCGCUUCCGAUUUUCUCAAAACACAAAGUUUCGUCAUUAUUGUUUCCCGAAAUAAUGCGAAAGAAGCAAGGUCAAAUCUGUGAAAACCAGAAACACAAUCUUUAAUUGAAACACGUCACUCUAAUUAAGUCUUUAACUGCCUUUUUUAAAUUCAUUAAAUUCAACUUAAUUGUAUUUACUUUAGCAUAACUGAAAAUGCUUGGUUUAUUAUGAUUAACUUAUCGCUUUAGCUUUCCAUGUGUUAUACGAUUUUCGAGAAAAAAACAGUAACCUGGAUACUGCUAGUUAUUAAAAAAAAACAACAUUUAACGUCAUUUUGUCAAAAUGGCUCUUGGAACUGGGGAUUUGGUUCUUCUUGUGGUAACAGUGGUUAUUGUGGUGGCUGAUAUUAUUUUAAGCCUUUGUGUUACUUUUGCUUUACCUAACCAUGCGAAAAGACCUGGUUGGUUUUCUGCAGACGGCAGAGCUCGAACAUUUAAACAAGCUGCGAAUGUUUGCCCAUGUUUGGAAAAAGUUUUUCCUGAAGGAACUAAAUCAAAGAUUACAUUCCACAAAAUUAAGAAGAUAGCAGGGAACAAGAGAUCAGUUUCUGAAGAUUUCAUAACUCAACAAAUUCGGGAGUAUCCGUUUUUGGUAUCGUUGAGUAUUCCUGCAUACAGUGACGAUCCUACUGAGAAAUUAUUUGCUUGCAAUGGUCUAAUACAAAAUACAAAUUGGCUUGCAACAACCCACACCUGUGUUCGAGAUAAAUCCGAAUGGUUUAAUCUAACUGUACGCUCAGGAAGCGCGUUUUGGUCAAUAGAUGGAGUCGAACAUUCUGUAAUUGACGUUCGUGAAGAUGCCAUUGAUAAUCUAGUUAUGCUAAAAGUCACACCACCGUUUAGUGAAAAUUUACUUCCAUUUCCGCCACUCAAACAUUUCUAUUACGGAAAUUGGACUUACGGUGUUUCAUUCGGCUGGGAUGAUAACAUGUACCAGAAAAACUUGACGUCUAGAUACAAAUACAAGCCUUUUGAAGUGGAAAAAUGGACUUCCAAGACAUGUGAUUCCAAAGCCAGUAAUAUUUGUUAUAUGAAGAAAAGAAGUGAAAUUUCCAGCAAACCGUUGCUGACAAGUUGUCAUCAAAUACUUGGAAUGAGGGCAAUUAACAAUAAUGCAUUUGUUUCGACAGCUCUAAGUUACCCUAAUGAUAAAGUUGUUGGCGAUUGUUUACCAAUAUAUGAAGAUGCUUGUGGUUUAACUGAUUUUGAAGUUUGUUAGAGCUAUUAAUUUUUUGUGGAUUAGGUGUUUCAUGUAUUUGCUUGAAGGAAAAUAAAUUUGAAUUGAAAUGAUAA